AUGCAACCCGAGACCGGCCCGCUGCCCUUUGAGGCCCAGAGGCUCCACGGCGCCCAACCGAUGGCCUCGACGGCCGUCCCCAACACGCCCAGGUCGUUUGCCGGCGCCGCCGCUGCCGCCACCGAGCAGCCCGACACACCCGGUACCCCAUCUGGCGGCGCAAAGGCGAGGGUGUUUGUGAGUGGGCCCGGCGGCGCCGACACCAAGCAGGGCGCCAAGAUUGCUUGCCUCGAGUGCCGCAGCGCCAAGAUCAAAUGCUCUGCGCCCACCGACGGCAACGUGCCGUGCAAGCGCUGCGUCAAGCACGCAAAGGAGUGCCUGUUUGAAAAGCACAAGCGCGGCCGCAAGCCCAACAAGAGGUUCUCGGUGCUCGGCUCGUCGCACUCGGGCGAAGGCGGCGGUGGCUCGCAGGACGGCGACCACUAUGACGCCAGCGACGCACCGCCCCAUCACGCGCGCGCCCGCUCCUCGGAGGCGCUCGGAGACGCCGCGGCCAACGCUCCCGGCGUCGCCCGACCCGUCUCGGCGGGCCAGUCGCAGCACGCCCACCCAAACAGCCGCGACUCGCACUUUGGCGCACAGGGCGACGUCGAGCAGCGCUUCCGCAGCUGGUCCAACGUCGAUGCCCCCAACAGAGGUGCCGCCGCCGCGGACCCUGCCAUGCAGCCCUGGCAUUACCCUACGUCGUCGUCGUCGCACCAUCACCCUUCGCACCUCCAGCACCACCACCAGCGGCCCGCCGAGGAUCGCGUCAUGCACGGCGCAGAUGGCAGGGGCCCCUACCAUCCGGCCAACGGCUCCUCGCGCCCGACGUACGCCCCUGGUCCCGUCCCCGCGCAAGGCAUGUCUGCGUCGGCCUCGGCACCUUCUGGUCUCCACCAGCUCGGCGGCGGCGGCGGUGGCGGCGAUGCGGCAGGGCAGUAUACGCACCACGGCCACCAGGCACUCUCGGCCACGUCGUCGUCUGGCUCGCACGGCCGCCCUCCGACCGACUAUGGCAACGGCGCGGGCGGCGGUCGGUGGAAGGAGCCCGCGGGCCGCAGCAGCCACGCAUCCUCGCCGUCGAGCGGAGGCGCAAAGGCGCUCGGCUCGCCCUCGCGCGUCGACUCGACCGCCUCGGCCCCGUACAGCCACAGCCGCAACCGAUCGUACGGCCACAGCGGGCCGGCGCCCAGCCACAGCUACCAGCACUGGGACAGCCAGCUGGGUCUCGAGAGGGGAUCGCGGGGUCGGGCGGACGCCGCGCGCUCGCCCAACGGCGGCCCCGCCGAGGGCGCUUACCAGCGUGAAGGAGGGCCGCACGAGGGCGACUACCAGGCCGCCGACGGCCGCGCCCGCACCAACGGCAUGGGCGGCAGGAGCACAACGGACGCCACCGCCUCGUCCGACGACCACCGCGGCGAACGCCAGGGCUCUCACGGAGCGCCAUCCGGCCGGCGGCGCGACGACCGUCGCAGCGCGGCGCCGGCGAGCUAUGCCGACGACGCCGACAUCGAGCUCGACGACGAGCAGGACGAGCUCGAGGACGACGCCGAUGCGACGCGUGAGGAGCACGACAAUGUGCUUUCGAACCCGCUCAAGCUGCUGGCGCAGGCGUCGGACGCCGCCGCCGCGCGCAUCGAGGGCGGACGGCUCGAGUCUGGCGGCCGCCACUCGCUGGCGGCGGCCGAGACCAUGGGCCUGCUGGGCGGCGCCUCGACGGCCAGUCGCAUGGCCAUGAGCGCCGCAGUCAACCUCACCGGCCUCGGCAGGCCCAUGUACGGCCGGGGCGACAUGAUGCCGCCGCAGGGCUGGUCUUCUUCGCGCAUCCUCCCGCCGCUGUUUCACCAGGACCGGGGGAGCAGCAGUAGCCUGCGCGACACGUUCCACCCGGAGCGCGGCGGCUCGCGCCUGCCGACGUUCCUCGGCAGCCUGUCGCGGUCCAAGUCGUACCCUUCGGCCGAAUCGCUGCAGGCGUCGUCGGAGGCGUCCGGACCCGCGGCGCACGAUGAUGCCGAAGCGCGGCCGAUGCAGCAGGAGAGCAACGCAUCGCCGGCGCGCGAGGGGGCCGCCGCCGGCGGCGCCACCAUCCCAUCGACGCUCGACCACGACGCCUGGGAGUACCGCGAGGGUAAGGCGCAGACGAGGCGAGGCUAUGCUCCCAGCUCGGGCGCCGCGGCCAGCCCAGGCACGCUGAGCCACGGCGGCCAGACGGUCAGCAGCGCCACGAGCGCCGGCUUUCCGGCGUCGGUCCACGCGCGCCAGGGCGACUCGCCGCUGCCGAGCACGGGCGCCGGCGACGGUGCGGCCUCGGACGACGCCCGGGCGACGCUGACCGGCAAGCGCAAGCGCGCCCGGUCGCGCCUCGCACGCGGAGGCAGCCGCCGGAGACGUCUCAACGAUCGCGACUCGGACGGCGAGGGCGACCCGGAUGCGAGCCACGACGAAGACCCGACCGUCGAGCCGCGCGGCAGGGACAAGCAGGUCAGCAUCGCCGCCGCGCCCGACGAUCGUCGCCCGGACGGCGUUGGGUCCGGCAGCGGCGGCGAGGGCGAGGCCGGCGCGUCGCGCAAGGGCUACUUCAACCUCAGCCUGUUUCAUAGCAAAAACGACGACGACGAGGGGCUCGACCCGGUCGAGCUGGGCCUCGUCGAGCUCAAGGAGGUCGAGAGGCUGUUUGAUCUCUUCUUUGCUCGCAUCAACCCGAUCCUGGACCUCUUUGACCCGUUCCUGCACAGCGUGUCGUUUGUGCGCAUGCGCUCCGCCUUCCUGACGACGGUCAUUGCGUGCAUGGCGGCGCGGUUCAGCGACACGGUGCGGGACGCCAAGAUUGCGAGCCUGCUGGACCGGCACUGGCAGAACAAGCUGCUGCCGACGAUUCUGCUGGGCGGGUACAAGAGCGUCGAGAUCAGCCAGGCGUUCCUGAUCCUGACGACGUACAGCCGCCCGACGAGCCGGCUGGUCGACGACCGGAGCUGGCAGUACCUCGGCUUUGCGAUCCGCACGGCGACCGAGGUGGGCGUCAACCGCAAGGUGACGCCGAGCGAGAGCCUGCUGGGCAACGAGCAGGUGAGCCGGCGGCUGCGCAACCGCGAGCGGCUGUGGUUCAACCUGUUCCUCUACGACCGCACGCUGAGCGCGCAGACGGGCCGGCCGUGGACCAUCUCCGAGGACCGCAUGAUUGUGCAGUCGUCGAUGUGGCACAAGCAGGACUUUGCGCUGCCCGAGGACGUGUCGCUGGUGAGCCUGAUCCGGCUGCGCCGCAUCGCCGCCCAGCACUCGGAGGCAUUCGACAACUACCUCGGCAGCCAGGACCAGCUCGACGCGGCCCAGACGACGGCGGCCACGGCGGCGGCGCUCAACGCGGGCGAGCAGAGCCACCUCGAGCGCCGCCUGGCCGGCCUCGAGUUCUUCCGCAAGCACGCCAACGCCGACCUGGAGAAGUGGAAGCAGUCGUGGUGCAUCAACACCGAGGAAAAGAUCCGCGCCGUCGACACGAGCACGGCGGCGGGCAAGUACCUGGUGCGGUGGGCGCCGACGGCCAAGCUCUUCUACUACCACUCGCGCCUCAUCAUCAACUCGCUCGUCCUCGGCACCACCGAGCAGCACGAGGGCCUCGUCCCCGGCUCGUCGUCGGCCUCGGUCGAGUGCUGGACGUCGGCCAUCUCGCUCAUCGACACGGUGCUCAACGACUUUGACGACGACAGCCUCGUCGCAUGGUCCAACGACCGCGUCGUGAUGGCCGUCUACGCUGCCGUCUCGGCGCUCCGCCUCACCAACCUGGCCGCCCAGUAUCCCUUUGCCGACAAGGAGACGGCCGUCGCCCUCGUCCGCCGCCUCAGCGCCGCCAUGACAAAGGCCGGCAAGACGCCCCGCCACCGCAACGGCUCCGCCACGCCCUACGGCCGCUACCUCAAGUCGGUCCUCGCCAUCUUUGAGCCUGACCCGGGGCCGUCCCGGACCGGCGACGCCCAGCGCGCCCGGGGCCAAACGCCGCCCGACAAAGACUCGGAAAACGCCACGUCGCUCACCAGCAGCAGCCUCGCUCCAGGCGACAGCGGCUCGCAGCAGGGCAUCGCCGCCAGCGCCGCCGUCGCAGACGACAAGAGCGCCGCCGCCCCCACCGCCGUCGGAGUCAAGACCAGCGAUGCCGUCGCACCCCAGGCUCGCAAGUCGGAGGCUUCCCCUGCCGCCGCCGCCACCGCCGCCUCCGCCGCUCCGGGCGAUGUCCUCGUGCCCGACCUCGGCACCCUCGACGCUAGCCUCGACGGCAACCUCGCGCUGCUCGAUUCGGCCUCGUCGUCGAAGCUCUCGAGCGACCUGCCGCUCGAUGCCUGGACCGCCGGCCGCGAUGCCGCCGUCCAGCCCAGUGCCGAUCCCGCCGCCACGGCCGCUCUAUCGGCCCUCGGCCCCAGCGCCGACCCCGCCGAUCCGGUUGCCAUGACCAUCGCCACGGCCGCUGCGGCAGCCGGCGGCUCGUUUGCCGCCUCGGGCGCCGGCACCUCCGCCGCCGCCGUCGACGACCCCGAGUCGAUCGAUCGCCUGUGGGACUGCCUCACCUCGUUUGAGCCGCAGGGCUUCUCCGGUGCCUUCUGGCAGCCCCCGUCGACGUGGAACGUCAGCGGUGGCGGCGGCGGCGGCGGCACCGGAGGCAGCGCCGGCGGCGGGGUCGGCUAG